UGGCGCUUAUCGAUUGUCAGAACCUCACCGCGACGAUUGUCAUCUUCGUCCUUGUGCUGAUCGUCUAGUACCAUAGUAGCAGCUAGGACGUAACUCCCAACAACACGCUCCCUGACCUCACGUGAUGUCGAUCCGGUGGACAUGUUUAUCAUCUCUCUCAACUAAAGCACGAUCAUCUCACUGUGCUUCUAUCUCAAAUAAAGGCACACUACUGCUAUAUUCUGGCGAGUUCCAGCCACGCAAGCCCGUGGAUGGAGACGUCCACGUAUUUGAUCUGAACAACGCCGUCCAGCAAUCUGUAGCGGACAAUGCUGGCUUGUGGCGCACUUUGUCUGCGUCGUUGAAGCCAGAACCCCGAGUGGGCGCAACAACGGUUUUCCAUGGCGGAAAUUUGUAUAUGUGGGGCGGGAGGGGCAGCAUUGAUAUGGCACCUCUAGACCCCGAGCAAUCAGGUAUAUGGAAGGGGCAGAUAUCGCAAAAUGAGGUCGUGUGGGAGAAGCUGGAGGGCAAGGGCGACGAGCCCGUCGCGAGAAGCUUCCAUGCUUCCGUCAUGGCUAAUGGAAAGUUGUACAUCCAUGCGGGUUGUCCUGCCUCUGGUCGCCUCUCUACUCUUCAUUCUUACGAUUUCAAAUCCUCUCAGUGGUCUCUCUGUGCAGACGCUCCCGAUCCUGCGUGUGGCGGAACCGCUAUCGCUUCUGUAAAACUCCCAACAUCUUCCUCCGAUGAGGAAGUGAUCAUUCGAUUCGGCGGUUUCGCUGGGCACCAACUCCCCACCUCAACACCGCCACCCUUGGAUAUUUACACACCGAGUACCAACUCCUGGACAACCGUCGUACCAUCGGGCGACCCGCAACAGGGAUAUCCUGGCGCACGCUCCGUCCAUGGUUUUGUUCCUCUUUCCACACCUGAUGGAACUGGAGUCGCAUUGCUAUACCACGGCGAGUAUGAAGCCUCCGACUUAGGUCAUGCUGGUGCUGGGAAAUUCUGGGAUGAUGCUUGGGCGCUGGUGUGGCGCGAGGGCGCGCUAGGGUGGAAGAAAUUGAUCCAGGAAGGUGAUUCAACUCCAGAGAGCCGUGGCUGGAUCCCUUCAACAUCUUAUACCGCUCCUGGAGGUAAUACCCGAGUAGUUCUCUCGGGUGGUCUCCUAAGCUCGAACGAGCGCAGUGGGGAAGUGUGGGUUGGCGAUGUCCAACUCUGAACUCUGCUCCCAAAGAUAUAUGCACUCUGAAUCAUUCGAAAUAUACUUAAGAGUUACGAUAAGCACCGGUGAUAUGAUUUAAAGAUACGAAUUCGUGUUUUCUUAUGCAAGCCUUGUUUUCAUAUUUUUCAAAUGAUGUAUUUGCAAAUUACCGAGGUUUUGGAUUCGGAAUGCUCUGUCGCAUUGAUGGGAUUGUUAAUAACCGAAGCCCGAGAGUCGCCUGGACGCUCUAAACAGCACGAGCACAGUUAAUCUAGGAAUUGCGCUUUCUUAAGAAAUGUUCAACGUAUCCCCCAUGCU